AUGUCAGUGAAGUAUUUAACUAAACUGUAUUAUUAUAAUAAUGUACUUGCCGAAAAGUGUUUGAUAUGGCUUAUUAUUGAUUACUUAUUAAAUAAUUUAAUAAUUAAUUGCCAGUCAAGGAAAGAAACAAACUGCCUCGCUGUUAAAGAGGAGAGCUACCCUAAAAAGAACGGAAAGAGAAGACCGGAUCAGAAAAUUCCCGUCUGCAACGUUUAUUCAACGAGUCUAAAAGCCUGCCAACAUCAAACUGUGGGCAAAACAGCGCAGCCACCGUGUAGGGAGGGCACAAUUCAAAAAGCCUGCCCACAGCUGACAGGGGGCACAACAUACCAACCGUGUAAGGAGGGCAUGAGUCCAAAAGCCUGCCAACAGCGGACAGGGGGCACAAAAGUGAACCCACCGCUAAAGGAGGGCAAGAGUCCAAAGGCCUGUACACAGCGGACAGAGGGCAAAACAGCGAACCCACCGCUAAAAGAGGGCAUGACUCCAAAAGCCUGCCCACAGCAAACAGGGGGCGAAAAAGCGUAUCCACCGCUAAAGGAGGGCACAUGCACAACGGCCUUCCAACAGCUGACAGGAGGCAAAACAGCGUUUCAAACGCUAAAGGAGGGUAUGACUCCAAAUGCCUGCCCUCAGCAAACAGGGGGCAAAACAGCGUAUCCACCGCUAAAGGAGGACACGAGCCCAAAAGCCUACCAACAACAGUCGGAUUGCUUAGAGGAGGCUAUUUACCUGAAUAAUGAGCUGGAAACCUGUGACACUGGGGAGUCUUUGGUCUGGGACGGGGAGGAGACAAUGUACUGGAACACAGGGGUCGCUUCUGACCGCAGUUCGGACUCCUCGGGCUACAUUAAAAUGACCUUAUAG